GGCGGUGGCGCUCUGGAUACCAGUCAUCAUUUCAUACAAGAAAAAGUGCUUGUUGCUAAGCCCUUAGCCUGUCAGGUGUUUUCAUGAACAAUGGAUCAGAAGAUUCCGUAUGAUGACUACCAGCUCCCGGUGGUCUUUCUGCCUUCAUAUGAGAACCCACCAGCAUGGAUAGCCCCUCAGGAGCGUGUUCAUCACCCUGAUUACAACAACGAGCUCACCCAGUUCCUGCCUCGUACCAUUGUAUUGAAGAAACCUCCAGGAGCACAGCUCGGCUUCAACAUCAGAGGGGGCAAGGCGUCUCAGUUGGGAAUCUUCAUAUCGAAGGUGGUCCCAGACUCAGAUGCCCACAGAGCAGGGCUGCAAGAAGGAGACCAGGUUCUUUCUGUGAAUGAGGUUGAUUUCCAAGACAUAGAGCACUCAAGAGCUGUAGAGAUUCUGAAGACUGCACGAGAAAUACUGAUGAGGGUUCGCUUCUUUCCUUACAACUACCAAAGGCAGAAGGAGAGGACUGUACAUUAGGUGGCAGCAGAGAGAGAGAGAGAGAGAGAGAGAGAGAGUUGGACAGCCGCGUCACCGCACGUCAUCACCCUCCUCCUACAGACUCUGGCCUCCAUUCUGCUUCAAGAUGACUGAUGCAUGACUAACGGCCUCAAGUCCUCCAUGUAAGGGCAACACAUACUCUCUUAUACACUCUCUCGCCCAGAUAUCUGAGCGCUCCCUCCACUACUGUGAUACAUGAUGAUUUCCACUCCAUCAGGUUGUGUUCACAGGAAUCGAAGAAGCUCAAAACAGACAUUUCACAUUAUAAAUGAUGGAACUGAUGCAUAUUUUUCAAGUCACACAUUAACAGUUACACACCGUGCAUAUUUUUAUCAUGCGUGGCCUGUCCUCGAUUUUCCUCAGGCCCUCUAAUCAAAUGUUUCUACUGAACGUAUUUUGAUCAAGUACAGAGUAGCACUUGUGUAUAUUGUGCAAAUUUGCCUUGAUGACACUGAUAUAAAGCAGAGAUACAUAUACACUGAAAUGCUAGUUUGUAAGGUGUAUCAGACUAAAAGUAACGCAGCCGUCAUGAAAGCUAUAAUGUUUAAAUUGUUUGAUGGAAUCAUUUAAACUCAAGAUCCUCUCAUUAGCUUUCACAGGAGCUUUCAGCUGCAUAUCAUGGUUCUAAUGUUUUUUUCUUAUAUUGAUAAACUGGCAACCAAAUGUAUGUACAUGUAAAAAAAAAAUGUACAUAUGGCUUGCAUUUCAGUACGCACUGACGGUAAAUAUCACUGAUCUAAAUAUCACUGUGAAUAUACUGUAGAUCCAGUUUUUAAAUAUUUAACAAACAUUUUUAAUGGUUUAGGGAAUUUGAAAUUGUGUAAAUAUAUUUCAGUGAUUGAUAUGAUUGGUCGAGCAUUACUUAAAGGUUAUGUAUGCAACAUUCAGCGUAUUAAUUAAGCAGCAACCCACUAUUGAGUUAUGGAGUCCUGAGCAGAGAGUGAAUUCACGCUCUCUGUGUGCGGGGUGUUAUUUGAGCUUCUCUGUGGUUGAAUUUCGUAAGCUAGUCCAUCUGUGCGUGUGUGUUAGUGCAUGUGUGUAACGAGCUGGUUAGCUCAACGCUGCUGCUUUGCACUGCACUCAUAUGGCAGUUACGGCUGAUAUCAAGACGGCGCCCACCCUCAGGUUUUCUGGUAAGGAGGCUGAAAAGAGGAAAAGUCUCUGUGUCAUAUUGCAACGUAUCAUCGGGGUACAACAUAGGAGCAGUAAAAUCUGGUCUGCACUUGCUGAAAGGCUCAUUAGAUAAUUAAAUAAAACCAUACUGCUUAGAUUUGCUGCAUCAAUAAUGUCCUGUAAUUUCCUGUGUACACAAAAAAUGCAAUGUGUACGACUCAACAAGUUGGAUAAAGUGUAUUAAUAAUGUUUUCUCUGAAGUGAGAAUAUGAUUAUAAAGUGACGCUACUCGUAAGAGCUGUGAAAGACACUUUUUAGCUGAAACUUGGAACACAACCUGCUUCCUACCAGGUUAAGUUUGCUGCGUGAGUUACCAUGGAUAUCUAGCCAAGUUAAAAGAGAGCCACUGUCAUCAGACAGAUAACCGUAGCCUUAGACCCAACAUACCUGCUGCUUCGUGGUACGGCCUUCUGGUCCACAUUUUCCGAAAGGUUCAAUAACUGCUGCGCUAUCAUAGAACACGAAGAUCGAUUUGUUUCAUUGAGUCGUCAGAAGUCAGCCUUGAGUCGAAAUAUAUUCAAAAAGAUAUGGGUGAGAAUUACAAUUCUGCAAUUAUCGAAAAGCUCCUUCAUAACAAAUCAUAAACAAAUGCUUUUGAAAUAAAAACGUUCUAUUGUAUAUGGGCCGCCAUCCAUACGAGUGUACCUAAUGAGAUCUGCCAGGUCGAGAGCACCCAAAGAGCAGCUGAGAGGCCACCAUCCCUUUAUUUGCGCCUCCCAACAUCGCAGCUCCAUUUACAUUGCGCAUGUGUUAUACUCCAUAGCUCCCAUGGGGUUAAAAAACAUGUCCCAGCCUUCAUUAAGUAGCCUUUACAUCUGAUUCGCAGUGGCAACACUGUUGGUGUUGUUAGCACUGUUUUUGAAGUAAGCACUGUAAGCUGCUAGCCGGAAGCUCCACGUUACAAACCGUGUGAAGACAACAUGCUCUGAAUUUUGCAUAGACUCCCUUUGAAUAUUGUCAGUUUUUGUUGAUGUAUCAUGUCACAUGAUAGGUUUUACAUAACCUGCUUCUAGGCUGAAUGAUAUAAUUAUUUAAUGUACGAAUAGUAUAUUUAAGGUGCCAAAUUGUGGACAAGUGUGAUGUCUAACAUGCAAAUACAGUACAUGAUAACAGCACAUUGCGCCCUGCAUUUCUGUAUAAUGAUGAAGCCCGUGAUAGUGGGUUUACCUGAGUGCAGGGAGACCUUGUCGUUAGCAUUUCAACAGAUCACCCAGGUACUUUAAUCAUUUUGGCCGCUGUGGUUCAGUGAAAUCAGCUUUGGACUCAAAGUAAAUCAGCACACAUUUGAACAUUAAAAGAAAGCAAUUGAAAACCUCCGAGUGUUACAGUCUGCUAGUAUAAAGCAUUUAUUUAUAUGGAAAUACCUGCCUGUUGCAUAAUAACACUGUCUUAUUCCUUUGUACGCUAUUAUUUUCAUACAAAUAACUUUGGCUGUCCAUCAGAUGAACUUCUCGUGUUUUUUCCGAAUAAAGAAAACCAUGACAUUGACAUGGUGAAAUAAGGAAAAAGUUUUGAACUUUA